AGAAAGCUUAUCAGCGUUACCUGGUAGAUGGAAAGGCAAAGUUCCAUGUACGUGCUUCUCUCUCUGGUCUGCCUUUUGCCGUAGAAAUCGACUCUGUAUAUAUUUGUAAAUCGUGUUUGGACAAGCUAAAGCAACUUGACAAUCUAAAAAGACAGGACCGGGAACUGCUUGCUAUACUAAAAGGGCUUGUCACUUCGAGUAAACGCGUCCUAGAAACUCGCGAAAGUUCUCUUGCCAGCUCGCCGCCAGAAUCGCUUGAACGUGUUAAUAUAGCGAAAAGACCAUGUAUUGAAUCUACGUUUAGACCGUUUGUAGCACCUUUAUCACCUGUAUCAGUGCAAACUGGUUGUUGGUCGUCGAUUCCUAGUGUAGAAAGCCCUUCUUCACCGCGUGAUAGCUCGGUUGUUCACCAUUCGACACCAAGUAAACAGCCAGACACAUUCCCAACAAGCUCACGACAAUCUGGUGUUGUAACUGUAAAGUUACAGUGGUCAAAUGAUAAAAACGAAAGAGAUUUACCAGAUGACUUGCAGUCUUUGGGUAAAAUGCUUGUUCACGGUACUUACAAGCAAAUAGCAAAUGCUGCAUGGAAAAGUGCUGCUCUUCGCAAACAACUACAGAUUGUAGCAUUGAUUAAACAGAUUGAUUCAGAAUGCAAUGG